GAGGAUGAGAGAUGGCAAUAGAAAACAAACCUGGGGACGGAUUUGACACCGUUUUCGGUCAAAACGACUCCUUAGAGCUGUCUUCCCACCACGAUUAUGAGUCUGCACAAGCUCGCAUUUUCAAGAUAAUAGUCAUCGGAGACUCAAAUGUGGGGAAGACGUGUUUGACUUACCGGUUCUGCGGGGGCACUUUCCUGAAGAACCCGGAGGCAACGAUCGGGGUCGAUUUCAGAGAGAGGACGCUGGAGCUCGAUGGGGAGACUAUCAAGUUGCAGAUCUGGGACACGGCAGGCCAGGAGCGAUUCAGGAAGAGCAUGGUGGAGCACUAUUACCGCAGCGUCCAUGCCGUCAUCUUCGUGUACGACGUGACCAGCCUGUCUUCCUUCGAGAGCAUCCCUGAGUGGAUUGAGGAGUGCAGCCGACACUGCGUGGGGCCCCUGGUGCCCCGCAUCAUGGUGGGCAACAAGUGCGACCUGAGGGACCGCCGGGAGGUCCCCACUACCGCUGCCCAGUGUCUUGCAGACAGCUACAACUUCCCACUGUUUGAGACUUCAGCCAAGGAACCGGCUGAGAAGGAACACGUCGACGCCAUCUUUCUGACUUUGGCUUAUAGACUGAAGAGCCACAAACCCCUGAGACUGAAGCAGCCGAGCGAGAGCAGCAUCAGGCAGCUGUGGAACCAGAGAGAGCAGGAAGAAGCAACCUGUCAAUGCUGAGGUCACCUUCAUCCUGUAUGGAUGUACUCAUGUAGAUCAUCACAGCCGUCAGGAUGAAUAAUUGUGUUGUGGAAAACAGUGUUUAUUCCUAACACUGAGACUGAAUCACAAACCCUGCCUGAUGCAAGGUACAGCUUGUAUGGGCCUAUACGUAUGCACAAUAUUAAAUCAACAUUUCAAUGAAAUGCAUGAAUGGAAAUGGAGGUAUGCCAAAACAUAUGUAGCUCAAACUGCACAUAAAAUCACUUUGAGUCAAAGAGCUAAGCAUUGCAGAUUGCACUUCAAUAUGUAGACAAAUUAUGCAAUCAGCCAUCUAGCAGCACUACAUCUCAUCUACAGCAUUCAGUGUAGAUAGUUAAUUAAAGUACAAAAAAGAUUACAGUUUGAGUCAAGGGACCAAUACGGGAAAUUGAAACUGUGAAGAAAACUGUGCAAUCAUUUUCUUGUUAAGUUGUGUUUUAAAAUGAUAUUGCUGUUCUUAAAAAAAUUGCAGCAUGACGUUUUGGUGCUGUUGCUGAAUGAAUGAAUGAAAUAUAAAUAUGAAAAUAUCCAGCUUUGUGUCCAGUGUCCACUAAUUUGCCUACACAGUCUUUG